CCCUAAUUUUGUGUUUCCAAUUCCAUUUCGCACGAAAAAAGGGGGGCAAUUUGCCCUUCUCUAUUCUCGAUCCAUCUUUUGGAGGCUUCCUCUCGAUCUUUGCCGCUCUGUGAUUGCAACUUUUCAAAGCUCAGAGUCAGCCACGGAGAGAGAGAGAGAGAGAGAUGGCUCGACAAGCAAAGAAACUCAUCACCAACUUGUCUCAAAAGCUUUGCCCUAAUGCAAAUGCUUCAUCACCCUCUCCGUCUUCGUCCUCGUAUCAUAUUUUGACUCAGAUUCGCCGUUUCGCGGCGGCUCCGCAUCCUCCUCCGGCGGUCUUCGUCGACAAGAACACUCGGGUCAUAUGCCAAGGUAUCACCGGCAAGAACGGCACCUUCCACACCGAACAAGCCAUCGAAUACGGCACUAAGAUGGUUGGCGGUGUUACCCCGAAGAAGGGUGGGACAGAACAUUUGGGACUUCCUGUUUUUAAUACAGUUGCAGAAGCAAAGGCUGAAACAAAGGCCAAUGCAUCAGUUAUUUAUGUUCCUCCUCCUUUCGCUGCAGCAGCUAUUAUGGAGGCAAUGGAGGCUGAAUUAGAUUUGGUUGUGUGCAUCACAGAAGGAAUUCCUCAGCAUGACAUGGUCAAGGUGAAGUCUGCUCUUAAUAAACAAUCAAAAACACGCCUUAUUGGUCCGAACUGCCCUGGAAUUAUAAAGCCUGGGGAAUGCAAGAUUGGAAUUAUGCCCGGAUACAUUCACAAACCAGGGCGUAUUGGAAUUGUUUCUCGAUCUGGCACAUUGACUUACGAAGCGGUUUUCCAAACAACUGCCGUUGGCCUAGGGCAAUCAACUUGUGUUGGUAUUGGUGGGGAUCCAUUCAAUGGGACAAACUUUGUUGAUUGCAUAGAGAAGUUUCUUGUCGAUCCUCAGACUGAAGGUAUCGUUCUUAUUGGUGAGAUAGGUGGUACAGCCGAAGAGGAUGCUGCGACACUUAUCAAGGAAAGUGGAACUAAAAAGCCAGUUGUUGCUUUUAUUGCCGGACUCACUGCUCCACCUGGCCGGCGGAUGGGUCAUGCUGGAGCAAUCGUAUCGGGUGGGAAGGGUACUGCACAGGGCAAAAUCGAUACACUGAGGGAAGCCGGUGUGACAGUUGUGGAGUCUCCCGCGAAGAUUGGAGCUGCAAUGCUCGAUGAGUUCAAACAGAGGGGCCUGGCAUGAGUUAGUUCCAAACAAGUUGGUUUUCAUGUUUUUGCGAUACAGCGGUGAUGAUUUAUGCGUUGGGGCUUUGAUAUGGAACCCCAUCUCUGGCAUUCUCAUAAAAAUUGAAGGGCAGAAGCAUCGGUCGUGUUUCCCCGUCAACAAACUUCACAAGUUUUUGCAAUAUUUUUGUCUCCUAAAGUCGCCUUUAAUUAUUUUCAAGUUUGGGGCACUUAAUUGAAGUGACACAGGCUUGGAGGUUAACUCCCAUUAGUGCCUCGUUUACAAUACGGAAUUAUUCAAACUUGUCUUCGUGGAAGUUAAUGUUCUAUGAUUUAUUUAUCGUCCGAACCUUUGGUUA